AUCCGUUUCACUACUUUUACAAUUUUGAACUGUAGUUUGUGAAAUAAUCUUAUUGUUAAUGUAAACAACUGUUAUAAAAAUGAAUAACAAAAUAGAUCAAUAUUUAAUUAAUAGGAAUCAUAAAAAUAUUUCAGGUACCUACCAACGAACACCGCAAAGUUUGACAUACCCCAAUUCAUAUUUGUCGAGUAGCAGCAAUGUCACAUCAAAUUCUGGCAAUCAAAUUCUUAGAUCUAAUGUACCUUAUCAGUCUCAUCAGUCUAAUUCCAAUGUUGGUUUUGUAAGGCAGCAGUUUCCUGGAAUUAGUCAAGAAAGAUUCUUUCCUCAUCAAUCUCUUCCUGAAAACAUCAACCAUAUUCAACCUCAGCAAGCAAAGAAUAAAAAUUUCAUUGCCGUACCAUCUGGCUCUCAAUAUAAUACUCCAACUUCUGCACAUGAAUCUCAAUAUAACUUACAAGGUUCCGAAAAACAAUUAUGUCAAGGAGACAAUUAUUACAUACAAGUAUCUAGCCAAAAAACUAUGCUACAACAAACAGCAAUGCAAGUCCCGAUUCAAAUUCCAGUUAAUCGAUCUCCUAAUAUUGGCUAUAGAUUACCAAAAGCACAAGUUAAUUUGCAAGCCGAGUAUUCUAUAGAUACAGCAUGCAAAUUUUCUAGCCCUAUGAUGAGUAAUUCUUUAAUCAAAACUGAACCAGGUUCUAGAAUACCAAUUUCAUACAAACAAGAUAAUGAAGAAACAAUGAACGUAUAUGAACUUGAUCAAAAUAAAAUCAUCAAUAAAGCUAGAAAAUCAACGAUAGUACCAACUGCUGCCCUAGUGAAUGCUAUCAAUUUACACAAGAAUCAUCCAAAUCUUGAUGCUCUAUUUGAAAUUUAUGGUUCAUGUGUUAAUAUUCGUGCUGGUAGACAAUGGUGUCAAAAAAUAAUUCUAUUGCGGGAUUAUACAGGACCUGUUAUGCAGGUUUCUUUCUAUGAAGUUGAUACAGUUUUAGAUGAGGAUAUUUUGCCUGGUGAUUCCCUAAGAGUCAUGGGUAAAAUGUCAUUGCACAAUUUUUUACAAGCUUACAAAAUAAGGAAAACUAAACCUGAUGAGUUGCAAGCUGUUUCACGUUUAUAUGGAGUCAGUCUAUUUAAUAUCAAGAAGAUGUAUAAAAACAAUGAAUAA